AUGGGCCUAUUCGGCCACAUGCGCAUCCACGAGAGCGGAAUUGACCGCAACUCCGUCACACCCACGACAUCCAGCACAUCCACCACGCCCUGUCCCACCCUCGCUCCAUCGUCCUGCAGGCCCAUCACUCCCACCACCACCACCAUCACCGCCUCCUCCGUAGCUGACAUUGACGCCGCCGACUUCACCUGCCCACACUGUUCACGCACAUUCACCUCACGCAUCGGCCUGGUCGGUCACUUGCGAAUCUAUCGCACAGAGACUGGCGAACCAGUGCCUGGAGCACCAACCUAUACCCACCACGCUCGACUCAACUGCCCAAACUGCCCUCGCACCUUCAGGCAUCGCAUGGGCCUAUUCGGCCACAUGCGCAUCCACGAGAGCGGAAAUGACCGCACUCCCGACACACUCACCACAUCCAACACAUCCACCGUGCACACCCCACCCUCGCUCCAUCCGCCUGCGCCACCACCACCACCACCGCCUCCUCUGUAG